AUGCAUCCCCUUCCCAAGCCAGCCAUCAUCUCCCUCCUAACCUCCCUCGUCACAGCCAGCGUCCAGAACGACUCCUCUCCCCCCGAUCCGCUCCUCCUCCUCCCAUCAAACUCCACCGCGACGCCACCAAACUCCUCACCCGCGGACCCACGGUACCCGUCCGCCACCUCCAUCCCCGCAAACCCCACCGACAACACCACCCUCAACGCCUCCUCCCCGCGCGCCCCCAGAAUCAUCCGCUCCGGCCGCAACCUCCGCCUCGCCAGCUGCCUUCGCCGCCCACGACCGCAUGGACGGCACCUCCGCGCCCAAAACCUACGGGGAAGCGCGACCCCGACGCUCCCCGGGCUCGCCCGCUGGGACGCCAACCUCCCGCUCCGCAUCCUCGGCCGUUCCCGACGCCCUCUGCGCGCUCGACAUAACGCACUCGCCGCGGCGCCCCCUCCGACACCAUCGCGCCCUCGCAGCCGAAAGUCGCACGCGCGGGCCCUCGUCGCCGUCUGCGCGCCCUCGCUCGGCGGCGUCGUCGGCGACCUCGCCGCGGGUGGCAAGCGCGGGGCCCGGGACGGCGCCGCCGUGGACGGGGUGCCGAGAGCUGGUGGACCACGAUGCCGGCGCGGGGGGGAGCGGUUCGGGCCGGCGGGGGACGUGCUGAGUCGGGUCGUGGUGCCGUGGAGGCGGAGGACGGGGGAGGGGAGGUGUGAGAUUGAUUUGGCACUCGGAGGCCGGGACGCUCAACGCAUCAUCGACUGGGGUUUUGGAAGAGCGGGAUGGGACGGCGUCGUGAUGGCGUGA